AUUUUCCUUAAGUUAGUUUUCCCCUUUAUCCUAUCCUAAGUAAUAAUGUUAACCCUGUAUGUCAAAAACGGUAAUGUUAACGCUGUUAAAAACAAAAAGCUGUAAUUAGUUUAGUAACGACAAAAAAAAUAGUUUGGUAAAUACUAAGGAAAAUAACUAUUAUUCACUUGGGAGAGAGUCCAUAAGGAGAAGAAUGAACCUGAGAUGAUGUUGAGUGUGAAUGCAGAGAACAUUUGAGAAGCCGUUGUAUGAAGGAUUGUUCUUAAAUGAACACAACAAGAGAGACAACUGAAAGACGAGUUUGGUAAGAAAAACAAACAUUCUGUUUCUUGCUCUAUUUCCAAACACUUUAACUGCAUGGAGGGAUGAUGUUUGAUGACUGCCUUGCUCUUGUUUCGGGAGUGGAGCCAUGGACGUUCCAGCUGGACGUCCGUUUCAAGUCAGAGAUCUUCAGUUGAAUGCUCAGGUGGCGCUCGACUUCUUGUGCCCUGAAAGCGUUGGAGAGUUAGCUAGACUAGCCGAAGAGAUCCGGUGUUUACCGAACGACCAUGAGGCAAAACUUCAGAUUCUAGAGAUAGGAAAAGGAAAGAUAUCGUUAUACGCAGCUAGUUCAGCUAUCAAAGAAGUUCAGAAGCUGAUCUUGGAUCCAAAAUUUGGAGCAGAGCUUGGUUUUGAGGACGCUAACUUAACCAAAGCAGUCUCCAACAACUUGGAUAAGGCAAUCAAGCAGCCACAACAAAAUCAGCUGCAUUUGAUCAGUCAAGAAUUUGUACAGUAG